GUUUAUACCUACCUUCCCUAUUGUUUGUUGUGUAAAAUGUUUACAAAAAGAAGAAACGUUUAUUAAUUGUAAAACAAUGCGGCGUAGUUAUUUUUGUUGUAGAGAUGAACGUCUUUUACUCAUGUAUAAAAUUUAAUAAAUGCAUAUUAUUUAAUUAAAAAGUUCACCUAAGUAAGCAGACUGGUAAUUAAAAAAAUGGAAUCUCCUGAAUAUAUAUAUUACAAACACAUUUGUCGUCUGUGCUUAAAAUAUAACAAACAAGACGACAUGGUCCCAAUUUUUGAAGAUAACUCAAACAAAUUGAGUUGUUAUGGUAAAUCGGUGCUUUUCUUUGCGGAUAUUGUUUUAAAAAAAGAAGAUGAUUUCCCUUCAAAAAUGUGUAAAAAGUGUCUUAUUUUAUUAAAAAAUUGUAUUCGAUUUAAGUUUUCAUGUGAAUCUAGUAACCAACAGUUAGAAUCUUUAAAGAACUUAUGCAGCGGCUCUUUCAAGCAAAAUGUUGUGGAAUAUACAUUAUUUAUGUCAUAUUGUCCUACUAUAUCAACAGAAAGUAAUCAAGGAAUACCUGAUAAACAGGAUGAACCUUGUGAAAAUAAGGAAAAUUACCUGAAAAUAAAUGAAAUACAUUGUAAAAACUUUUGUGAUAUUACUUCUGAUUCUGAACACAUAGUCCAGACUAACAAUAAUGUUGUUAAUGAUAAUUUGAAAUGUGAAGAAGGUAAUGUUACACAAAAGGGUAUGGAUAAGUUAUACAUAAAACCAAAAUCAGACACAAAAAACUUGAAAUCUAAGCAACUGAGGAGAAGGAAAAAUAAAAUAAUUAGAAAGACACUUUCAGUUGCAAACAGUAAACAAGCUAGACAAUCACCAAAGGUUCAAUGCAAAAUUUGCGGUAAGAUUUUAAUGAAUAUAAGAUCCUACAGAACACACAUGCAAAGACACACAGAAAAACCCAGAUUUAUAUGUGAACACUGCGCCAGAGGCUUUUCUACUUUUGCGGAGCUGAACUGUCAUCUAGUUUGCCGGCACACUGCUGGACCUUAUAUGCAAUGCCCUCAAUGCCCGUACAAGUCUUGUAGGCGAUUUGACAUGAUUGAACAUGCACGGAUCCACUCAGGAGAGAGACCAUUCACAUGUGAGAAAUGUGGCUUAACAUUCCGUCGCCGCUGGAUUUGGAAAAAGCAUUUGAUAUACCAUGGAGAGAAAACAGUGCAAUGCACUCGAUGUUCCAUGAAGUUUUACACGAGAAGUCAAAUGAUGGCUCACAGUAAUAAUGUUCAUGAGAGAUUGUAUGUCUACAUGUGUGAUGAGUGUGGUGUUACAUAUGCAAGGACUUCUACAGUUCGGCGACAUAUGACAGAACGCCAUGGAGUGCCAAGAGAAAUGCAGGGGAAAGUUACAAGAGUAAAGAAAGGGGCCACUUUGUUUCCUGAAGCUCUUGAAUAGCAAUGAUUGAUUUUACUUCUAAUUACAUAAAUAAAUUUAAAAUAUAACAAAA